AUGGAUCCGUUGAGCUUCUUACUCCUAAUUCUAAGCGAGAUUUUUCAGAUCGGCGGGCAGGAUGAAGGCGGGAACAUUGCCUUUCAGAAGCCCGUGUAUGGGAGGGCAAAGUGGCCCCACGCCCUGGUAGACGGCAAAUACUGGACUGUCAUCAGUCCACAACAGGAUGAACUACCCUUGUUCUACGUGGACCUCUUGGACUUGUACCUCCUGAGAUCUGUUCGGGUGCAUUCAGCGACUGGCGGAACGUUUGCAAAGGCCGGACUGAACAUUUCCUUCUCUGUGUACACUUGGGAUAACUUCACGACUGGAUGCGAUAUCGGUGCGCUGUAUCCUUGGCAUGUUAUGAAAAGCCGGCUAAUAUUCACCAAGAAAGGACAAGAGUUUAUCAUCCCCGGUCCAAUAGAAGCGCGGUACAUCAUCGUUAUGCCGGACCAAGUGAACUUCCUCGACGCCGUCGAUGGUAUCACCAUAAGCGAGUUGAGAGCUUUUGGCGUGAAAAUUGCAGAUGGCUAUGUACCCAAAGUUCCAGAAGAUGGACCAGAGAUCCCUAACCUGCACAUAGAAACUCGUCGGCGCCUGAUGUCCGGGCAAAGUCAUUUGAGGGUAGCUCAAAGCUAUGGAGAAUACAAGCAGUCAUUGAAAUACGACGAUGUCGCACUCGCAUGGCAUGACGAUAAGAUCAACACCAUGGCCGUGGUACGUGACAAGGCGCGAAUCAUCCUGAUGUCUGGAGCUACGAGUAUGGAGCUACUGGCUUCAGCACCCGAGUACGCUACGUUGCGGAGCAAUUUUCGCGCUUGGCUCAGUCCGGAAUAUCCAAACGCUUCGUUUGUAAAGGUGACAGAUCGAGCUAGAGAUGGUAACAUUCUGCUGAUUACCAGAACAUCAGGAUUUAAUGAACACAAGGUGUACGAUCGUCUUAUGUCAGGCAAAAAUGCUGCAGUGAUAGGAUACAUUGGCUCGUUAAAAGUUGCAAACAGUCCCGCAGCACGCCUCAUGGCGAAACUACAUAUCGGAUAUGCUAGCCACAGAAAGGAAUAUGCGCCGCGCAAUAUUUCAAUUUCAGGUUUAAUUAAGCAGCCAAAGUUUAUCCCAUUUGGCUACCGUCUGAAGUUGGCGACAGAGAGCUGGAAAGUAUUCCGAACCGAGAACCUCUACUCUAACGUAAAAGCGGAAGAAGUAAGAACACCGGAAGCACAAGAGGCUUUACGAAAACUUAUAGAUAAAUACCGUACAUACUUCAAAGAACAUCCGAUUUGCAGAACUCAUCCAUAUCAGCGAGAUGAGAAAUUGGACCUAGCCUUCGAAAACUACAACAGAUUACUAACGUUUCAGCUUGGCUCUCGAAUUGAACCAAUUCCCGGCUCAUCGCGUACGCCCGGUGAUUUGCGCCCGAGCGAGAACAGCACAUGCUACACGGUCACAUUCAAUGUGAGUGUACGUGGUGGUUACUAUCCCAUGGGAGGAUACGCGAAACCCGGACACGCAUUUCGGUACAAAGUUCUCAAUGUAACCACUCGGAGUCUCAAGGGUUUUCGUGUCCGCGUUAAUCCCCAAACAGACACAGUGAGACGUCCGGAACUCAGACGAUGGUUCACCGUCACAUCCGUCAGAGAGAUGGAAGCGCAGGGCGAGUUCGCUUCACCAUUCGGAGGUCCGAUAGUGAUUGAAAUUCCUGUACCUGCAACCAUUAUUAUCCACUUCGAGAACGUUUACCGCUAUCCGUGGUUCGAUAUUCGGAAUCCUGAGUCAAGGAACAAUUGGGAGGUUGAGCGUCUCAAACAUCGUGGCGUUCCCUAUUUGAUGCUAGUCGGCAACAACAUGAUCAGCAUGAUUGCCACUUCCAUCGCAACAGCAAUUAAUGGCGAAGACUUUUUGUUUUGUGUCAACUACCAUGACAAUGUUAUCAAAAUGAUACAUAAUUAUCGCGGAACAGACUAUACAAAAGAUCCUUUGCAGGUAUUUGUGACCGAUGAGCAAAUCUCGGCCGGUGAUGGUCAUUCAGGUUACCCGUGGAUGGGUCACAGGUAUUGGGGUAAAGCAUUCCUGGAUAGAUCAAGAAUCGAGAGUGGAAAGUCUGUUAAUGUGUUACAUGAGAUAGGUCACAAUCUACAAGUGAAAAAGAUCACAUUUGCACGGGGUGGGGAGGUGACUAACAGUUUAUACAUCCCAGUGUUGCACCAUUACUUGCUAGGGCUUAGUUCCUACGGUAAAGGAUUCUCUCCUGGCUGGAGCCCAAACGAUGAACUACAACUGUUGGCUACUUGGCGCGGUAGUGAAUAUAUAGGUGUCCAGGUCAGUUAUUAUAACUACCUACACAGAUACUUCACUGCGGCACUUGUGAGCAAUGUGAUUGGUUACGCGGUCCAUUCAAAAGAAUCAUUCGACACUGAGGAGCGGAAGGUAAACUUCUGGAUGAAGCACUUAUGCAUCGAGAGUGGGUAUGACUUGGUACCUUUUAAUCGUUUAUGGCAUCUCCCAAUCAAUGACAAGACAGCUGCGCUUUGCAACAGGUUUCCGUGCUUCUUCCCUGACGACGAACUGACACAGCAGGUGCCAGACGUGACGGAAAAUAUCUUGAUGGAGUAUAACAAAUCGUGUUCCCGCGAACAGCCAGAAGGUGUACAGUUCAAGCGGGAUAUCAUGCGUGGCGUCAACGUGUUGGAUCCACAAAUAAUUUUCAUACAUAGUGCGGACACCUGUAUGACCCCGCCUUCUGAACUAACCUGA